GAGUCGCAGUCAGUGUGGCAGCUGGGAAUGCGAGGGGCUCACACACACCGCUAUUUUCGGGACUGGGAACAGUAGCUGGGCCGGCCAGGAGGAGGCUCCGGCCAAAGGUCUGCUACUCUGGUCAGUUAAACCGGGUCAGUUUAAAGUCCAAACCAACGUCCUGCGUCUUCUGUCCGGUGUUUUCCGACCGCACCUGAUGGUUAACGGUCGGCCGUCGGUGGCUCACUGCGGGGCUGUCUGCUAGGGACAACCAGCCGGCGCGCGGUGCUCAGACCCCGGCGUGUGGAGGCUACUUAAGGACUCCCCCCCCCCCCCCCUUAUUUAACCCAGACGUAUCUCCUAUAUACCUGGUGGAUCCGGAUAAAGAUGCAGUGAAGCGCCAGCCUUCUAGCCAGUAAUUCUCGGUGUGAAUCCCUCGGUUAAAUGUGCCUGUUUCACGGCUAUCCAACCACUCACGCCGACGACGAUGGACUGAAAUCUGCGGCGGGGGCGAACGACACACAACCUGCCGCGAUUUUCUGCGUGUAAAUAAGUAAAUGAUAGAGGAUACGAUGACCCUGCUGUCUUUACUAGGUCGGAUCAUGCGUUAUUUUCUUCUCAGACCGGAGACCUUGUUCCUGCUGUGUAUCAGCCUGGCUCUAUGGAGUUACUUCUUCCACACGGACGAAGUGAAAACGAUCGUCAAGUCCAGCCGGGAUGCGGUCAAGAUGGUCAAGGGGAAAGUGGCGGAGAUGAUGCAAAACGAGCGGUUCGGCGGGCUGGACGUCCUGGACGCAGAGUUCUCCAAGACCUGGGAGUUAAAGAGCAACAACGUGGCCGUGUACUCCAUCCAAGGCCGGCGGGACCACAUGGAAGACAGGUUCGAGGUGCUCACGGACAUCGUUAACAAGAGCCACCCGUCUAUAUUUGGGAUAUUUGACGGCCAUGGAGGAGAGGCUGCUGCUGACUUUGCCAAGACCCAUCUGCCCGAGGCUCUGCGCCAGCAGCUACUGACCUAUGAACGGGACAAGGAGCGGGACAAAGAGAAAGACAAGGAGAAAGAUGAGAAAAAGGAGAAAGGCGGUAUUUCCUAUCCUUCCAUUUUGGAGCAUCAGAUCCUGAGUUUGGACAGAGAAAUGCUGGACAAACUCUCUGCCACUUAUAAUGAAGCAGGUACAACAUGCCUGGUGGCCCUGCUGUCUGAUAAGGAGCUGACAGUGGCAAAUGUCGGAGACUCACGUGGAGUUCUUUGUGAUAAAGACGGCAAUGCCAUUCCUCUGUCACACGACCACAAACCUUACCAACUCAAAGAACGCAAAAGGAUAAAGAAGGCUGGUGGCUUUAUCAGUUUCAACGGCUCCUGGCGCGUUCAGGGCAUCUUGGCCAUGUCUCGCUCUCUGGGCGAUUACCCUCUGAAGAACCUCAACGUGGUCAUUCCUGAUCCAGACAUCAUGUCCUUCGACCUGAACAAGCUGCAACCAGAGUUCAUGAUCCUGGCGUCAGAUGGUCUGUGGGACACCUUCAGCAACGAGGAGGCGGUGCGCUUCAUCAGGGAACGACUGGAUGAGCCUCAUUUCGGCGCCAAGAGCAUCGUCCUCCAGUCCUUUUAUCGAGGUUGCCCUGACAACAUCACCGUUAUGGUUGUCAAGUUUAAAGGCAAGGCCAGUGAAUAGCACACCACCUACUUGCCACAUACAGAAUCUGUAUAAUGUUUGAAGAAAUAAUGACUACGGAGAUGUAAAAGCAGGCCCACAAUUUAAUCUACAGAAGGUAGUUAGCCCAGUCUCUGCCUUUUACUGCUGUAAAAGUGACAGAUGUAAGAAAGUAUCUCAUAUAGGUUCAACCACAUCCCUCAGACACCGCAAUGCAAGCUGGUUAUGCAAAUGAACAGAUUUAGGUCUGUGCACUUGUGGGUUCACUCAUGAGUGUGCACACAUUUGUACAGUACAUGUGUGUUUGUGUAUGUGAGAGAGAAGAGAGAUUGACUUAGAGAAGAAACGGGGAUAUAUCUGUUGUCUGUGAGAUUUACUCAAGUGUCAAACUAUAAACAUGUCAAAUUUAAAGAUACUGUUUUGUUUCAUCACCAUGUUAUUUCAGAUGUGAUGUCUGACCAUGUUUUAUUAUUUUUGUUUCUAACAUCAUGUGUAUUGACAUCUACCAAGUGACUGCACUGCAAAUUCUGCAAAUUUUAAACUGUGGCAGGUUAUGUUUUUUCCAAAUACUGGUGCAAAUUGUCAUGUUGAAUUUACUCCCUUUAUACAUGAACAACACAAUAAUAUGUCCACGCUUGUUCAAACACCACAAAUCUGGUUGUACAGCAAUAGAAGUGAUUACAUGUUAGAAUGAAUGUGUGUUUUGUCUUUAGUUUCACCCUUUUGUUAUUACUUUUAUAAAUUAUGUACCGCAUAGUUCACCUGAAAGACUGCUGUUAGUUUCUGUGUUUAUAUUUUUAAGACUUUUUAAAUCUGAGAUCCUCAUUUGAUCUGUUUAAUUAACAUCAAUGUCCCUACUGAUAAUGUAACCACUGUUGGAUAACUUAGCAGCUUCUCUCAUUCUGAAUGUGUAUAAAAUAUGUUAAAACCUUGUAAAGUAAACCUUCCAGAUAAUUUGAUAAUUCAGUAACAUGUUAUGAUUGUAACAGAAAAUUAAUUCAUUACUUAAUAAGUUUUGAUUAAUUUGAUGCUGUAAUAACAUUGACUGUUAACAUGUAACAUGGUGGUAAUAAAUUGUGUUAUCACAUUCAAUAAUAGCAGUUACUGUUGAUAUUAUUAUGUUAUCUGGGAAAUAAUAUUAACAUCAACGUAGAGUGUUUUAGUUUUUACAUAUUUACACGCUAUUCUGUUAUCUAACUUUUCUUACAUUAUCAUUUCCUUAAUUCUAGUGGAAGAUUAUUAAAUUUAACUAUAAUUUAUCCUGUGUUCUCUUUAAAACCCCAUCAUCUUCAUUGUGAGAUAAGUCCUGCAUUCUGAAGAUACAUCAUAGAUACAUAGAGUAUUUUUUGAAGUCAAAGAGUAUUAAGCCUUUGAAUGAAAUAUGUUAUUGUUGCCUUAUAUUUAACAGUUCAUUUCCUGUUCUGAAGUCUGCUGCCAAAAUCUCUCUCUGCUUUUAAUGUAUUGCAGUCAUCAACAUCAUGCAAACUGCACGACCUCAGUGUCAUAUGUUGAAAACUCACGUGUAGAAUAAAUCGGCAAAAGAACAUCUCCGAGGGACAUGAAACUGUAAAAUGAAUGUACAUACUGUCCUCAUGUUAGAAUCACCCCUUCACUGUUUAUAUCACAAUGAAGAGAGCAAUACGCCUGCUCAUAGAUUGUUUAACUCAAGAGAAAUAUAUAUAUAUAUAUAUAUAUAUAUAUAUAUAUAUACACACAUACACACACACACACACACACACACCAGUGUGCCAGUGUGGGCUUUUCAGUUGAACAUUCAUUCUUUAUAAUGUAUGUUAAAGAAUGUUUAUGUGGCAUUUGUACUUGUUUUUUGUUUGACUUUAAUAAACUGUAAAG